AUGUAUGAAUUCUACACAUGUGUAAUUGAGUCUCCAUUCUUCAAUAUGUGUUUUGAGCAAGUUCCUGGUUUUGUAGAUGGCGUUACUAUAAUUGAAGUGGAUAAUAGAGACUAUCCAGAAUAUUUAUGGGACUGGCAAGUUAACGAGCACGGAUAUAUAAAAAACAGUUUUUAUGGAUAUGGGAUUGACUUGGGUGACAGCAUGUGCAUUUCGUAUGACAAAAGUGUUGCCAUAAACUUGACAAUUAUCCACGACGUAAGUCCUUCAAUUUGUUUGAUUGCACUGUUUGGAAAGCAUAUUGAGAGCAUCAAAGUGACCAAUAUAGACGUCGAAAAGAAAUCAGACGCCUGCGUUGAAAACAUCCAAGCGUACGUGAAAAAAUACUUGGGAUAA